GGCGCUGUGGGGUGGCUGUCCCGCGUCCCCGAGCGGAUUAUACUCUCCCGCCCGUGCCUUGAGCGAGGUGGGCCUCUCCCCGCACCCAUGGAGCUUUCCUACCAGACGCUGAAGACCACCCACCAGGCCAAGGAGGCGGAUGAGAUGCGGACAGAAGCGCGUCGAAAAAAUCUUCUCAUUCUAAUUUUGCAUUAUUUAACAGAGGAAGGGUAUGCUGAUGCUGCAAAUGCUUUGGAACAAGAAACCCAAUUAGCUUUACGCCGCUUUGAAGUCUGUGACAACAUUGAUCUUGAGACUAUUUUGAUGGAAUAUGAAAGCUACUACUAUGUAAAAUUCAAAAAAUACCCUAAAAUUACCAAAAAGGCCCUAGACACUGCAGAAAAUAAACAGCACCCAAGAAAUGGAGGAAAACCAAGAAGGACUGCAAGUAGCUCUUCUCAUAAUCUUCCUAGGAUCAACCAGCAUCAAGCUAUGCAGCGGCCAUUAUCAAAAACCUCAUCUGGGAGGACAACAGAGCCUAAACCACCUAGCAAGGACAGCCCCAAACAGGAGAAUGACAAUACAGUUACUCGGGAGCAAGCUGAUUUUGGUUUAAAUGUGUCAGCAAUCAACAGAGGUGGUGGAGGAGAAAGCACUCACCCAAGAAGGGGCCAAAUAAUUGACUUCCGUGGGAUGAUCCAAGAUGCUAUCAAAGGAGCAUCAAAUGAAGUAGCCUCAAACAGCCUUAACUGUGAUCCAGAUCCUUCAGAACGAUUGUUAAAACCUCUGAGUGCUUUUAUCGGCAUGAGUGGUGAUAUGAGAGAACUUGCAACGGUUAUAAGCAGAGACAUUUAUCUUCAUAAUCCAAAUAUAAAGUGGGAUGACAUUAUUGGACUUGAUGAAGCCAAGCGGUUAGUCAAGGAAGCAGUUGUGUAUCCUAUAAGGUACCCACAGCUGUUUACUGGGAUUCUCUCCCCUUGGAAAGGAUUAUUACUAUAUGGACCUCCAGGUACUGGAAAGACUCUGCUUGCUAAGGCUGUUGCUACUGAAUGCAAUACAACUUUCUUCAACAUUUCAGCAUCCACUAUUGUCAGCAAAUGGAGGGGUGAUUCAGAAAAACUUGUCCGGGUGUUAUUUGAACUUGCCCGAUAUCAUGCUCCCUCCACAAUUUUCUUGGACGAGCUGGAGUCGGUAAUGAGUCAGAGAGGCAAUCAUCCUGGUGGUGAACAUGAAGGAAGUCGGCGGAUGAAAACAGAAUUAUUGGUGCAGAUGGAUGGCUUGGCCCGAUCUGAUGAUCUUGUAUUUGUUUUAGCAGCUUCCAAUCUGCCAUGGGAAUUAGAUUGUGCCAUGUUGCGGCGGCUGGAGAAGAGGAUUUUGGUUGACCUCCCAAAUAAAGAGGCACGACAGGCUAUGAUUCAGCACUGGCUGCCUCCAGUGAGCAACAGUGGAGGAGUGGAGCUGAGAACUGAGCUGGAGUACAGCUUGCUAGGUCAGGAGACAGAAGGGUACUCUGGCUCUGACGUUAAACUGGUCUGCAAGGAAGCAGCUAUGCGACCAGUGAGGAAAAUCUUCAAUGCUCUUGAAAAUCAUCAGCCAGGUAGCAGUAAUUUACCUGAACUCCGGCUGGAUACGGUCACAACAGCAGAUUUCCUGGAUGUGAUCGCUCACACCAAGCCAUCAGCCAAGAAUUUAAGUCAGAAGUACAUAGCCUGGCAGAGAGAUUUUGAAUCUGUUUGAAAUGGCUUUAGACUUCGAAAUCAAAGAUACCCACUAUUCAAAAUGGCAUCUGCGAUUGAGGUUCAGCUAUAGAUAGAGGGAGUGAACUAUGAUGGAAAAGGAAUUACUUUUUUUUUUACCUCCCAGAAAACCGAAGAGAAUCUGUACUUCCAAAUCUGAAAGAUGCAUUUUUAAUUUACCAUGUUCAAUGACAACUAGAAAUUGUUAUUCUUCAUGGAAAAGUAGUGUCUACAGUGAAUGCAAUUAAGAUUCUAGCACUAAUUUUAUGCAUAAAGCCUUAUAAAUUGAUCAGUCUUGCACAAUCUUUAUUCAUUGCAAAUGAUUUUCACUUCUUAGGGGAAGAGGAGCAAGAGUAGCAAGCUUAUGUCAGGAAUAGCAAGAAGAUUAGGGUGUUCACAAUACUCAAACUAGUGCAUCACAACCAGUCUAGCAUUUACUAGCAAGGACCUGUGCGAUUGCCAAUGAAGCAUAAGAGACUUUUUUUUUUUUUAAACCCAUCUGGGAUUAAACUCAACAUUUUAUUAUUGCCUGAUAGUCAUGGUCAAUUUGGUGCAGUUUUGGUCUGGGAUAUAAUUUGUUCAUGUAUCGAUGUCCUGAUGUGUUUUAUCCAUCCCAUUCAAUUUGGUUUUGGGUUAUUUUUUACCCAACUAGCACCAAUGUCAUUUGCUUUUAAUAGGGUGCUGUAGUGCUCAUAAGUAUAUUACUUGUUGAGGAAUCAGCGCCUAAUUUAAAUUACAUAUUACUUACUUAUUAGCUGAGCUCCAGUGAAACAAAGCAUUUAUGCUGUUCUUAACAGUCUUUCAUCCUUCCUUUUUGGUCUUUUUUGCUGUUCAGAAACAGCAAUGCUAACUGGUAUCUUUAGAUGCCAGGAUUUUUAGGUGUUUACCAAGAUGGAAGAUGCACAUGCUGAAGUGGAAGCAGAUGACAGCUGAGGUGAUGUAUGGGGUGAGGAAUAUUUGUGAAGCUAGCGACACUGGAGGAUGAAGAAUGUUAUGAUCUGUUGCUACUUAUUUAUUAGAUUUUCAGUUUAAAGCUUAAUAAGGCAUCCUAGGCAACUGAGACAAAAUUCUUUCGUUAUAGAGCUACUUGAAGGUGGGUGCAAAAUUGGUUGGAAGACCGUUCCCAGAGAGUAAUUAUCAGUGGCUCACAGUCAUGCUGGAAGGGCAUAACAAGCAGGGCUGAUGA